AUGGUCGAAGUUUCAAGUGGCCGUUACACCAGUACCUUGCUGAUAGGGCUGUACUACAUGAGCUUUUUAACCCAACUGGGCGCCAAUGUGAUGUUGCUCGUGACAAAUAUUCGGAAUCGAAAUUGGAUCGGCAUUAGUGGUGAAACGCAAAUUCUCUACGCCAUUGCUUUUAUGCUGCAAUGUCUAAGCCUCGAGGGUCAAUACGAUCAUUAUUUUCGAAAAUAUUCCAAUUUUGUCACAAUGGUAAUGACAUGCAGUAACGCAUUGUUAUCAUACGUCAAGUGUAACCCAUCCCAAAGCAAAAACAAUAAACAAAAUCAACUCACACUAUUAUUAAUAUUAAGUGUGGCGAUGGGCAUGCACAGCAUUUGGGGUAGGAGCGACGUGUAUUGGAUAUUCAGCAUCUACCUCGAGGCGGUAGCGAUCAUCCCCCAACUCUACAUCUGUUUGAAAGCCAAAAAAAUCGAGAACCCGGUUUUCUAUUACAUCGUAUUGCUGGCACUUUACAAAACGUUGUACGUUACAUUCGAGAUGUCCUUCCUCUACAACUAUGGAUUUGUGCUCGACGUGAUCUCCGUAGCAGCUGGUAUAAAUCAGCUAUUUUUCUAUUCCGCAUUCUUCUGUUUGAAAAAGUGCGAAAACAACGAGGGAAUAUACAGGGAUUUGGGGAUCUUAAAAGAAGAACAGCCAUAA